CCCCCCUCACCCCCUUCUCGCCCCUCGACCCCCCGCCUCUUACCCCCGCGUGUGUGUGGUGACGACCUGGAUAUCACAAAGGUCACCAAGCCCACACUCUCACACCAAGCCUCUCCCGCAUUCGACACUCGACACUCGACACUCUCGCUCGUUCGGCACUCUCGCUCGCCAGCUCGCCAGCUCUCGCUCGCUUUCUCGUUCGCUUGCACACACCCUUGCACUCUCGCACGUGCUCAUUUCCUUCUCGUUCGGCUCGGCUCGGCUCGGCUCGGCUCAUCUCGACUCGCCUCGUCUUGUCUCGUCUCGUCUAGGCUAGGCUAAUCUGCUCACGCUCGCUCGGCUUCCUCUCUGCUUGUGCUUUGAUACUCUCUGCUCGACGACAACAUGGCGACGAUCAAGGUCAAGUCUGUGUUUGAUUACACAGCUGAGAAUGAUGAUGAGCUCUCGUUUGACGUGGGAGAGAUCAUCCAAGUCCUCAACAAUGAUGACGCUGGCUGGUGGGUCGGCGUCAUUCUCAAGGGCGGCAAGGCCCGUGGAGAAAAGGGCUGGUUUCCUUCAAACUUUGUAGAGCCGUACAAUGAGGCCGAUGACUCGGCCAACGAGGAUCCUCCUCCGCUGCCCAAGCGGUCCAAGGCUGCUGCUCCUCCCCUGCUGCUGCUGCUACUACUACCACUCCGUCGUCGGCCCAGGCCGAGAGCACCAAUUCGGCCAAGGCAAGGCCGAAGGACAAAGCCCCGGCUUUGCCUCCGGGUGGAGCGGCGGCGGCCACCACCACCAAGCGGAAGGGUCCGCCGCCCGGAGCGGUGGCUAUCGGUCCCAUGGCGGCCAUGCCCAUUGCGACGGCCAUGUCGGGCUCGAGCCCGCCACCGGCAGUCACCAACGUGCCGGCUGAUGAGGCGCCCGAGGCAAACCGCUCGCGGAAGAAGACCAUGGGCGUGAACCCGCUGAUGGCUGGCGGCGGCAUGAGCGAGCUGCAAAAGAAGAUGGCGGCACGCAAGGCCGGUGGCGGAGCCACGCCAGCCGACCCGGCCGCCAAAAAGGCUCCGCCGCUUCCGGCCAAGAACUCGUCGUCGCCGCAGGGUGGCA